AUGAAAGCGAUUCCUGGGAGUCUUGCUGUUCUGGUCGUGCAACGGGAACUGGCUGUCGCUGUUCCUUACGGCAAUCAUCAACAACCAGACCGACAUCCUGUCCGCGAGGUAGCCACCGACUACUCUACGGUCGCCGAGGUUGUCACAGUCAUUGCUCCCAAUGCAGUCUUCUGGGUUGAUCAAUACAAUAACGUUCUCUCAACCGACUAUCGCGGUCACCCUACUCCCACCCCUGAAGUGUCAAGCUUCAAUCGACCGACAGUUCAAACCACAACGUCCAACAUUCCCACUGUGGCUGCCGCCACUAUCCCAGCUCACGUCGCCUCUUCCCCCCAGGAAUACCGCCCGUUUGCGGCGCUUUCGAUCCUCAGCUCGUCCGGUUCUGCGCCAUCCGAUGUCGACUCUUCCCGCGACAACCAGUCGCCGGCAGCAUCGUCCGAUUCCAAUGACCAAAACAAGGUCACCAUGGAUAACGACGCUCGUUCCGUCGGAUCUGGCUACGGUAUCUGCUACGAGCUCAUCGGUUCAUCUGGAUGCAAAGACUCAGGCACUCUCAAUUCGGACUUUGGCUAUUUGGCCAGCCAGGGAUUCUCCAAGGUCCGUGUUUACGACAUUGGUUGUGAUCUUGGUGCUGUGGUGGCAGCCGCUGCUGCUCGAGGCUUGCAAGUCGUCGCUGGUAUUAACACUAUUGGCAAUGUUGCCAGUGACAUAACGAAGCUCGUCGGUAUGAUCAAUGGAGAUUGGGAUCCAGUGGAUACUAUUGUGGUUGGCAAUGAAGUGGUCAACAACGGUGGCAAUCCCGGCGCCGUGGUUGCUGCUCUUGGAGUCGCCCGUCCUAUCCUCACCCUGGCUGGAUUCACCAAGAACGUUGUGACGGUUGAUACCUUCAUCGCACACGAGAACAACCCGCAACUGUGUCAAGCUUCGGAUUAUUGUGCUGUCAAUGCUCACGCUUUCUUCGACUCUCAUACCACAGCAGAGCAAGCAGGGACGUUCGUGGCAAAUACCGUUUCCAACAUCGCGAAAGGUGCAAACGGAAAAUCGAUUGUGAUCACCGAAUCGGGCUGGCCAUAUCAGGGUUCACCGAAUGGUAAGGCCAUUCCAUCACCCGCGAAUCAACAAUCGGCCAUCCAAAGCCUGAGGACUGCAUUUAGUGGAAACCCUGGUGGUAUAUUCCUGUUCCAGGCGUACGACGCAACCUACAAAGAUCCGGGUCCGUGGGGAGUUGAACAGUUCUUCGGCAUCUACGGCCAUUGA